AUGAGCACAUCUCGACCACCAUCUCGUUUGUUGCUAAGUGUCGAAGACCCGACUAUAAAACAAUGGUUACGGCAAUUUCCUCCCGAGCGUCGCUCAAUCAUUUUAGCACGAUCCGCGAUCGUCGGGAUAGCUGCCUUAAACGGAGACACACAUGAAAUCGACGACAUUUGGGACGAUAGAGAAAAGGAAUUGUUUGGUGGAGAAAAUGUACAAGAAGCUAGUCCGACGCUAGUGGAGAUUCAUGAAGAUGAUGAGAACUAUGAGGAAGGGGGUCGUGCUGCUGGGAUCAAGACCACCGUACGAAUCGUCCCAAGACCUGGUGAUCCAACGUCGUAUUGGACAUAUCCAUCGUGGUUGGGUCAUCGUGAACAUCUCCCUUCACAAGGACCACCACGUUCUCGCAAACCUAUGCAGGCAAUCACAAACAAUCAUCCCGUACCCACGAAUGCAAACGAUAUUGGCCGAAUCGUCAAACGAAAGAAUCAGGGUACAAAGAAUCUGAUUGGGGAUGCUGAGAGUGUCAAUUGGACUUUUCCAAAACGCAUGAUUGACGAAGGAACUCAAACAUUGACGGAUGCGUUUACGAGACCUCGAUCUCCUGUUCGAAAACCUGCCGGAUGGGGCAAACAGGCAUUGUGGUAUGCUACAGGUGUAGAAGACGAGGUUGCUGAAACAGAAGAGGACCGGACAGCUCCUUCUACUGCAAGACCAUCACAUGAUGAUGUAAGAAGUGGUGGUGGUGUCAUGUAUGGAUAUGGAAUUCCUGAGACGAGCAGAACGACAAAUACAACUCGCCCUCCUCUUACUCGUAUACCGAAAACUACAGCAACAGCAACAAGCACAUAUCACAACACAGAAGCAACCGCCACUACUCGAACAACCUCGCCAGAACGUAAAUCUCGUAUCCCAGCCAUGACAUCUCCAGAACGUCAAUCCCGCAAACCGGCUGCGACCACAACUACUAGAGCAUCAUCACCACCAAGAAGGACGUCACCUGCUCGACCAGUUCUACCACCAGUUAGCUUUACCGUCACACCACCUAGACACAAGAAACGGACUGUGCGUGCUGAGAAGAGUAGUAGCGCUACUAGUAGUGGAGGUGGUCGUGCAGCGAGGACUAUGAAAGAUACGCCAACGUUUGUUCCACAAGUUAUUAGUGCUGAUGAGGACUUUGGAGAUGCAGAAGAAGCCUCUGCUGUAGAAAUCGCUCUAAAGUUCAUGGAUAGCGACUUUUUAAAGUGCCUUGACAUGAAUCUUCUCGAUGAAUCUGAGGACGAUGUUGAAAACGACUAUCAAAUGAAUCAACAACACGACUCUACAGGUCUACAUCCCCAUUUGUGA